AUGUCGCGCAUGGAAAAAUCCGCGACACGGCCGUGGUGGAAGCGGCCGGUCAUUGUUGUUGCGAGUGUCGCGUUGCUCGUCAUUGCCCUGGGACUCGGUCUAGGGCUAGGGCUGGGGCUGGGCUUGAAGCAUCACAAAAAGCACGACGCUGCCAGAGCAGAGAACUCGUCUUCCGCGCAUAAUCCACCGGCUGGCAACGAGUCGUGGAGACUGCCCGCGUCCGAGUAUGUGCUUGACAUGCAGAGCUGGGAUCUGAAUGCACUGCCGACCACGCGCAUCUAUAACUGGACGUUGUCGGAGAUUGACGCCUAUCCGGACGGCGUCCUAAGAAAGGUCCUGGUGAUCAAUGGAAAGUAUCCCGGUCCUAUGGUGAGACUGAACCGCGGCGAUCGUCUUUUGAUCAAUGUGACGAACAACAUGCCCAAUGCCACCACCAUCCACUGCCAUGGCCUGUUCCAGAAUGGCACCAACUGGAUGGACGGUGUGCCUGGCAUUACCCAGUGUCCCAUUCCCCCAGGACGGAGCUUUCUCUACAACUUCACCGUGGACAGCCAGUACGGGACGUACUGGUACCACUCGCAUUCGGACACCCAGAGGAUGGACGGUCUCUUCGGGCCAUUGAUCGUUCACGCUCCUGAGGAAGAGGAGUAUCGGAAACGCUAUGGAUAUUCCCAGGACCAGGUCAUUCUACUCCAGGACUACUAUCAUGACUUGGCCGCUGCAUACCUCCCAGACUACCUGGCGCCGAAUAACGAUAACACGGAGCCCGUGCCUGACAACGGAUUGAUCCAGGGCACAAACUACUUCAACUGUUCCUUGUAUGACGACGCUGGCAGUGGCUACACCUGCUACGACAACUCCACGCGCGCCCUCUUCCCUAUCACACAAAACACCAGGACCAGGUUCCGAAUUAUUAACGUAGGGGGCUUUGCAACUUUUCAGUUCUCCAUCGACAAUCAUACCAUGACGAUCAUCGAAGGUGACAGCACCAUGGUCGAGCCCUUGGAACUGCAGACAUUCCAGAUCGCCACGGCGCAGCGUUACUCAUUCCUUAUCAAUGCCAACAAACCUGUCUCUAACUACUGGAUGCGAGCUGAGAUGGACACGGCGUGCUUCGGUGAGAAUAACCCUGUCCUGAACACGACCGUGUUGGCGAUUCUGGCCUACAAUAACAGCACGGCAUUGCCGGGAGGCGACUCGGCUUCCUGGAACGUCCCUACGGAUCCUCUUUGUCAGGAUCUGAAUUCCUCGCUCCUUCUACCUUCCGUCCCUCAGCAAGCACCGCCUGCAGAUAAUCUGUUUAUUAUCCAGUUCUCAUUUGAGACGGGCGCCUAUGCACUGGACCGAGCGUACAUAAACGGCACAACAUGGACCCCGUCCUCGAUCCCGACAUUGAAUCACAUCGUCCCGCAUCUGAAAGCCGGAAAUACCACCUACAAUCAGACUGGACAGGCACCUUCGUACGGACUUGAAAAUCAGUAUAUUCUGGAUAUCCCGGACAACCAGGUGGUGGAUAUCUUGCUCCAGAAUUUCGACGAUGGCUCCCACCCCUUCCACCUUCAUGGAUAUGUGUUCUGGGUCAUGGCUAGCUCCCAGGAUCAGUAUUUCCCUUGGGAUUCGUAUGGGUCAAUUAACACGACGAAUCCCAUGCGACGGGAUACCGUGACUGUGGACUCGUACGGAUGGACCCUUAUCCGCAUUCAGGCUGAUAACCCGGGAUUGUGGGCAUUACACUGUCAUAUUGCCUGGCAUUUAUCCGCUGGGUUGUUGAUGCAGCUUCAAACGCGCAAUGACUUGAUGAAGAACUGGGAUUUGCCUGGUGAUGUGUUGGAUCUAUGUGUAGCUUAG